AUGAGUCAACGCGGCGGACCCGGAAGAGGCCGCGGCGGUCGCGGAGCCCCACGAGGCUCGUCGCCCGCGCCAUCGAGCAUGGGCAGCGGAGACCGAGGGCGCGGUCGAGGCGGCGGCUUCGAUCGCGGUGGUGGCUUCGAUCGCGGCGGCCGAGGCGGCGGAGACAGAGGAGGCCGCGGGCGGGGCAGGGGCGGGCCUGCCGGCAUCUUCGCAGAGAACGUGCCGGUCAACGUCCCCGCGCGCCUCCAAGACCCGGAGCUGAACGCGCUCACCGCGGCGUUCAAGCGCGUGCGCGUCGGCGGCCCCGAAAUGCCCUUCCGCCCCGGCUGGGGCACGCUCGGCACCGCGGGCGUCGUGCGCGCCAACUUCUUCGCCGUCACCGCGCCGCCGAAGGCGACCUACCACGACUACAGCAUCUCGUUCGACCCCGCCAAGGACGCGAAGGGCGACCGCCGCGCGCGCAUCAUCCAGCUCAUCGAGCGGAGCCCCGAGUUCGCGCCGUACGUCGCCUCCAUCGCGCACAACAACGCGGACCGGCUCAUCUCGGCGCGCAAGCUGCCCCAGCCGCUCGAGCUCACCGUGCUCUACCACGAGGAAGAUCAAGACGAAGACCCGAACGGGCUCAAGUUCAGGGUCGACAUCCAGUUCACGAGGGAGCUCAAGACCUCCGAUCUGCACGAGUACAUGGAGGGGAAGCCCGAGCACCGCGACAAGGACGUCCUCCCGCUGAUCUCCGCCCUCAACAUCAUCAUGCAACAGGUUGCCGCGAAGCGCGGGGUGCGCGUGAGCCAGAACAAAUACUUCUUCCCGAGCGCGGGCGACCGGGCGACCACGCUCUCGCUCGGGGUCGAGGCCCACCGCGGCUUCUUCAUGUCCGUCCGGCCGAUGUACAAGCAGCUCAUGGUCAACGUCAACGUGUGCAUGACCGCGUUCUACACCCCCGGGAAGCUCGCAGACGCGAUGCUCGCGUUCCAGCGGCAAUCGCGGGGCGGCAUGCCCGAAUCGUUCUCGAAGCGGCUCAGGGUGUCCACCAAGCAUCUCGGCUACACGAAGAAACACACGAUCUGGAAGGUCGAGCGGAGCAAGACGGCGCGGAAGGAGAAGUUCGAUUGCCAGGAGUAUGGGGGCCAGAUCACGGUGGAGAACUUUUUCAAGCGCAAGUACAAAAUCAACCUUCAGCACGCCGACGACCUGCCGCUGAUCAACGUCAGCCCCAAUAAGCAGCGCCCGAUCUACCUCCCCGCCGAGCUCUGCGACAUCAUCCCCGGCCAGGCCUACCGCGGCAAGCUCGACGUCGGGCAGACGCAGGAGAUGAUCAAGGUCGCGUGUCGCCCGCCUGACGAGAACGGGAACACGAUCGUCAACACCGGGUUCGACCGCCUCGGCCUCCGCCCCAACACGCCCGGGGCCGCGCUCUCGGCCUUCGGGCUCACCGUCAGCGAUCGGAUGGCGGACGUCCCCAUGCGCAGGCUCCCGCCGCCCAAGGUCGCGUACCGGUCCGGCCCGGCGUCGUUCGGCGCGACGGACGCGGGCUGGAACAUGCGCGAGGUGAAAUUCCAGACGGGCGGGGACAUGAAGGGGCGCUGGGGGGUGAUGCUGGUGCAAGAGGGCCUCCGGGAGGAGUUCACGGGCCCGAGCGACCCGGAGCUGGUCGAUUUCCUCAAGUCCUUCCUCAGCAUGUGCAACAAGAGCGGGAUCCUGAACGCGGGCACGCCGCCGCGCGUUUGCUCCGUCACCGCGCCGCGCGGGGACGACGAGAUGCGCUCGCGCGCGAUUGGGGAGAUCCGGAACACGCUCCGCACGAACUUCAACCCGGCGAUGAAGCCCACGUUCCUGCUCGUGCUGAUCUCGUCCGGCGACAAGGGCCUCUACCACGGCAUCAAGCGCCUCGCGGACAUGGAGCUCGGCCUGCACACGGUGCACAUGCUGCUGAAGAAGGCGAGGACCGCGCCACACAAGCAGGUGCAGUACUUCGCCAACGUCGCGCUCAAGGUGAACGCGAAGCUCGGCGGCGUCAACCACCUGCUCGACCCGGCAUCGAUGAAGUGGCUGACGGAGAAGAAGACGAUGGUGAUGGGCAUCGACGUCACGAAGCCGGGUCCCGGGAGCAUGUCUGGCACGCCGAGCAUCGCGGCGGUCGUGGCGAGCAUCGACGACACCUUCGCGCAGUUCCCCGCCAGUCUCUCUCUCCAGAAGCCAGACUGGAACAAGGAGAGCAAAGAGAUGGUGGAGAACCUCACUGCGAUGACGAUCGAGCGCCUUCAGUUGUACCAGAACAAGAACAAGGGACAGCUUCCACAGCGCAUCAUCAUCUACCGCGACGGUGUCUCAGAGGGAGAAUACGCACUCGUGAACCGCAUCGAGCUUCCGCGACUCCAAGCAGCCUUCAAGCAGAUCUCGCCCCAGAAGCCGUACAAACCUCUUCUGACGAUCGUCAUCUGCGGGAAGCGCCACCACGCCAAGUUCUUCCCGCAGAACACCGCCAACGCCACCGACAACGGCAACACCCUCCCGGGCUCGGUGAUGGACCGCGGGAUCACCGACAUCUACGACUUUGACUUUUAUCUCCAGGCGCACAAGGGGCUGCAGGGCCACGUCAAGGCGACGCACUACACCGUGGUCUACGACGAGAACGCGUUCGACGCGAACACGAUCCAGCAGGGCACCCACACCUCCUCGUACCACUACAUGCGCGCCACGAAGGCCGUCAGCCUCGUCCCGGCCGCGUACUACGCCGACCUCGCGUGCGAGCGCGGACGAUCGUACCUCGACGUCCUGCUCCGCGGGCUCUCCGACACGGGCUCCUCCGCCGGCCGGUCCUCCGGCGCGCGCACCCAGGCGGAGCGCGAGGCGGAGCGCGACCGGGUGUUCCAGGAGGCGACGCGCCUGUGGGCGGGGGGGCUGCACAAGGAGCUGAGGGACAGCAUGUUCUACAUCUGA